AUGGGAGCUCGUGGGAAAAGGGGACGUGGGCGGCCACAUAUGGUGCCUUUGUCACCGGUCACUAUUCCAAUACCGUCGGAAGCUACGGGGAAGGAUACUCCGCUCAAGGUCGCUGAAGAACUGAGUAAGGAGGAAACUAAGAAUGAGAAAGAGGAUUUAGAAGAUGAAAUAGUUGAGGAAACUGAAACCCUAGAAACGAAGGUCUACGCUAAGAAAGAGGAUUCAGAUAACAAGGUCGUGAAGACGGAUCGAAAGUUGUGGGUUGAUGUGCUGAGUGAAAACUGUAACUCAUCGAAAGGACUCACGAUACAGUAUGUUGCACCAAAGUUGAUUAAUGAAAAAAUGGAGAUUUGA